AUGCGACCCUCGCUACCCAAGUCUGCCUCGUCCUCCUCCGUCGCGCGCAAGAACUAUGCCUAUGUAGAUGUUCCGCCUUCACCUUACCCAACGACGCGUCAGAGUAUGGGCGGCUCCCAGUUGUCCAGCAGCAAGGAGAACACGCCUUUUCGGCCCAACCAGAGCAGCAAGGGUAAAGGCACCGAAGCUGACCAGGUCUUCACUUCCACUACCAGCGCGAGGAAGCGGAAGCUUUCCGACGCGUCUGGUCCAACGUCAGAGCUUCCUACGCGUGACGAACAUCAUGUCAAGAAACCGAGAGUGUCAGAACCUUCCGCCCCAGCAGCUGCUGAAAGGCAGCAGAACAUGCGCAAUCAGGAGAUGCGCGUAGGUCAAGACGAGCCUGUGAUCUACUGCCAUCAGUGCAACCAGAAGCGUAUCUUGUCCGACGGCAUUCAAUGCACGAAGAAAUCUUCGUCCUCUCGUGCCUCUGAUGGGCGCUGUUCAGCCAAAUACUGUCGGAAAUGUCUUCACAACAGAUAUGACGAGGAUAUGAACGAGAUAAAGGCACGGGGUAUACCUACGCUUUCGAAGAAAGAGCGCGAACAGCAUAUCCUUAAAGAUGGUUAUGUAUAUGAGGAUAUCUGCAAUUGCAGAAUAUGCAGGAAGGCAAAAGGUCUGGAGCCGACGGGGAAGUUCCUGCCUCAGCCCGAUCUCUCAUCGGAGAGGCCUGCGCCUGUGCCCGCCAAGGCAACGACCAAGGGCUCCACAGCCGCGUCGACAUCACAAUCCACUUCUCGUUCAAAGGCAACGGACAUGAAGAAGACUGUCGCUUCUUCUGCCCCAGUACAGGAGAAGAAAGCGACAAAACCUACUCAAGCCGUCCAGAAGACUGGUGUACCGGCGCAGAAACCCCGUGCGCCCAGGGCAAAAUCCGCUCCUCCGCCCAAGCCUCUUCCGAAGCCUCUGUGGACACGUAUAGAGACGUCCCUGGAUCAACCCGCAGGGGAAGUACGCAUCUACAUCCGCGAAUUCGUGCAGCGGUUCUCUUCUGUGCUAGACAUUGGCAAGAUCAACCUUGAGGAGCUAGAAGAGGUCACCGGCACUACCGGCGAGCAUGGCGCCCGCGUUGGUGAAGAUGAAGAGGCCGAAGUUGAAGGCUGGGUCUCAGAGCCUUGUGUCAAGGCCAUCAUUCUUUCCCUCCUAACUGUCAUCGCGAAUGGCGUAGCCAACGAUGCGAUCGCCAGAGUGGCCAAAGGGCCUAUCAGCGACAUCCGCGGGUCCGGUGCGAAUCUCAAUAAGAUCUGGGUGGCCCUUGCGGCACUGCGCGACGGAUUGCGAAAGGUCCCGUCUUCCCCGUUCCAAUAUCCUGAUCCCCUUCUUCCGCCGGCCUCCGUCGUCUACCGUACCACGCGCCAUACCCACCAAGUAGACACCGAUGUCUACGUCGGCAAUUCUGCCCAGCUCGUGCCUAUCGUCGCUUCUCUGAUCGAGUCUGCUCUCCUUACCAAGGCUAUCCGCGAGGAACUCGACCAUGGCCUGGAGCAAGAGAAGACACUGUCCAAGGACGUCCGCGAGGAGGUCAACAGGAACAAGGCGCUGUACGACAAGCUAAAGUCCAAAGGGAAGGGUCCGACCAAGGCGGAGCGAGACCAGCACAAGCAGGCGCUCCAGGAUAUCGAGUACGCGCACCGCGUUGCGUCCUCGAACCAUAUCUUCCGCUACACGCCUCUAGGCCAAGACCACGAAGGCCGGGUGUACUACCUCUUGACGCCUUCAGAGGCCGAGCGAGAGGCCGCCUUGCAGCUCAUCGCAGGCAAGGACUCCAAGGUCAAGAUCAACCGCAGGAGAGGCGGGCUCACGGAGGAGGACCGACGCGCGAUGCGCCGGUGGUCGUGGAUCGUCGUCGUCUGGGGCAGGCUCCCAGAUGGCGCCGCGAGGAACGAGGCUGAGGACAAGGACGACAGGGACGACGCCGGCGAGGAGCGCUGGUGGGGCUUCUACGAGCCGCAGGAGAUACAGAAGAUGGCGGAGUGGAUCGCGAUGGAGUGCGAGUUGGGCGACACGAAGCUGAAGCGGCGUGGCCGUCGCAACGGAGAGGCGAAGGCAGGCGACGACGACAACGUGCUCGAGAGGACUGCGUUCGGGAGCAGCCCGUCCACCUCCCGUGCGCCGUCGCCGAUGUCGGACCUCUCAUCGGACGAGGAAAGCGACGAGGAGAGUGACGAAGAGGUGGAUCUCAGUGCUUAUAUGCGUGUCGAUGCUCAGGGCAGACCGGUGCCUACCAGGAAGCAGCUACGGGAGCUGGUCAACGGUUUGCGAGAGUACGCAGAGUUGCUGCAGUGGCGUAUUCGUCGCAUCAGCGGGGAACCGAUUGGUACGGCCGGAGUGAAGAACAUUGCCACGAAUGGCGCUAUUCCUGCGAAGAAGUUUUACCAUUAG